UCUAGCCUAUAAGUAAAUGUCAAUUCGAUUUUAACCUCAAAAUAACGUUACGUUAACCUCAACUAAACGUGAUGUGAGAUGUUCAUUAUUCGUGUUUUUCAAAUAUCAUAUAAUAUGACAUUUUAUCAUGCAAACAGAUUAUUAAAAUAAAUUUGGCAAUCGUGUCAAUUAUCUUAACACAUUAAAAUAAAUAUUUAAAAAUGACAAUAUCCGAAUAUAUAUCAGCUCUAGCUGAUAAUCCCUACUUCGGGGCUGGUUUUGGGCUUUUUGGAUUGGGGGCCGGGGCCGCAAUUUUAAGAAAAGGUUUACAAGGUUCAUCAAUAUUGUUUCGCAGGCAUUGUAUGAUAACAAUGGAAGUUCCUUGCAGAGACAAAUCGUAUCAGUGGCUCUUGCAAUGGAUCACUUUGAAAGGUGCUCGUCAAACCCAACAUUUGAGUGUUGAGACUUCUUUCGAAAAGAAAGAUACUGGACAUGUUAAGACUAAAUAUGAUUUUAUACCAAGCAUAGGUACCCAUUUUUUUAGAUAUGGUGGCACAUGGAUAUGGGUUGAACGAACAAGAGAAUCACAUACACUAGAUUUGCAUAUGGGAAUUCCUUGGGAGACAGUAACAUUAACAGCUUUUGGACGUGACAGAAAUUUAUAUUUUAAUAUAUUGGAAGAAGCUCGAGAAUUAGCACUUAAAGAGCAAGAAGGAAAAACAAUUAUGUAUACUGCAAUGGGAAGUGAAUGGCGCCAAUUUGGACAGCCAAGAAAGCGAAGACCGUUGGGAUCUGUUGUUUUAGAUGCUGGUAUUAGUGAAAAAAUAUUAAAUGACUGUAAAGAUUUCAUAAAUAAUCCUUCCUGGUACACCGAAAGGGGAAUUCCUUAUCGAAGAGGUUACCUCUUGCAUGGUCCUCCUGGUUGUGGUAAAUCAAGCUAUAUCAAUGCUUUAGCUGGUGAGCUAGAAUUUGCAAUUUGUGUUUUAAAUUUAUCAGAACGUGGUUUAACGGAUGAUAGGCUAAAUCAUUUAUUAAGUGUUGCACCUGUGCAGUCUAUAAUCCUUUUGGAAGAUAUCGAUGCUGCGUUUUUGUCCAGAGAAGAUACCAUGCAACAAAAAUCAGCUUAUGAAGGUCUAAAUAGAGUUACUUUUAGUGGUUUAUUGAAUUGUUUGGAUGGUGUUGCUUCUACAGAAGCCAGAAUAGUGUUUAUGACUACAAACUAUAUUGAUCGUUUGGAUCCGGCAUUGAUUAGACCAGGAAGAGUAGACAUGAAGGAAUAUGUAGGUUAUUGUUCUCAGAAUCAAUUAGAAAACAUGUUCUUGAGAUUUUACAAAGGCAGCGAUAAAUGUGAACAAAACGCAAAACUAUUUGCCAAUAAUGUUUUAGCAUUAAAUAAACCAGUCAGUCCUGCACAAAUACAAGGUUAUUUUAUGAUGCAAAAAUCCCUUGCUGAGGAACAUGUUGUCCAAAAUGUGAAACAAAUAUGGGAACAAAUGUAAAUAAAAUAUGCAUUAUAUUAAUAAUCAGCAAAUAUCAAUCUUUCAGUCACCUU